GACGGACUUCAGUUUGCGGAGGCUUCACUCCCGCGCGGCAUGAUCCUUGUAGUUCGAUUAGCAAAGCUGUUGCAGUUGGCCGCGAGUUGGUAUGGAACCAGGAUGACGCGGCGGCGCGAUUUAGGAAAUCCUGACCUAGACGCGAUUCUGGAUGAAGACCCAAGAGGUGCUGAAGAGAGAGCCGCAAACCUCGGUGAGGAUGACGAACGCGGCGCUGUUCAGGAACUAGUCGAGGAAGGUGAAGAGUCAGACGAGUUCGACGGGAUGUUUCCUAGGUGGCAAAGAGUGCUGCUUGGCACCAUUGACGGGACUAUCCACGACCUUGGGCAGCGAGCGGCUUCUAACUUCUCAAUGUCGUGGGACCAAUUGGCCGACAUGGCAGAAAGGAUGUACGAAAAUCCGCUGGCUCCUCUUGCGAACGCUACGGCAACCGCGGCGAGCGCAGCGACAAGUGCGGGUCGAGUCACUCUCCAAGGAGGUCAACAAGUGCUUUCGCGACUGCGUCGGUGUCGUUGCUGUUGCGCUUGCUGCACAGUCUUCGUCUUCUCGCUGUACCUCUUUGCUUCGCUGGCUGCAGUCGGAUAUCAGAUGAACAUGGCUGGCAGAGGCGCUAUUGAUUUGGCGGGUGGUCACCCUUAUCAUUAUGGGUCGGGAGGUGGAGCAGUAGGCAGGAAUCAUUUUGGGGCUUCUUAUCCUGUGGCCGGCGUUGUGUUUCCCUCAAUUGAAGACCAAAUGGGCAUUGCGGUCGCAGGGUCUUCUGCCUUCGAUGCUGCUUCAGUUUUUGAUGAGAGCCUGCUGUCUUUGCAUCAGGGACUUUACAGUGAAAGCGAGCGAGUGGAUCCUGGCAGCAGCAUUUCGUCUACCCACAGACGUAGGAACUCGAAAAUCUCUGAUACCAGCAGAGUGCUUCCAAGAACUGACCACGGCGUCCCGCAAACCGUUGCAGCAUCAUGGCAACUCUUUCAGAGAGGACAUGAGCAAGGCAGUGCAGAUGGAGUGAUCAGUCCAGAUUAUCUAAGUGAUACCGGAGUGCCACCGAAAUAUGCUGAACACGGAACACCGCAGCCAACAUAUCAGCACGGAAAAGAUGUCCUCUCUGACCUCAAAGACGCUACGAUUACUCACAAUCCAGAACGAGUAGUACGUUCCACCUCGGAUUUCGCUGCUUCCAGAGGACGUAGGCCCUCAUUUAACGAGGAUCAGUGGGUCUGGAAGCGUGAUCCUUCGGACGCACCACGCGUGCUGCACACACUCGAUGGCGACUUCACUGUGCAAGGACCUUUUCCUAGUGAUUACGUGUUUCCGAGGGUAGGAGCCGACGAAAGCGGAGGAUUAAGCUACCACGCUGACGCUCAGCCCCCUGAUUGGCACAAACAUCCGAAUUUUAGACUCCCUAAUCGCGACAGUUCUGGACUGAACCUUGUCGUAGAAGAACUUCGAGAACACAUCGAGAAAGACAGAAGAAAUUUGCAGAGGACCACGUCUGAUAUUGUACAAAAAGAAGAAGAACAGCAACAGCGUCGUGAGAAAGUAGGCCU